UCGCGCGCUGCGUGCGAGGCUGUUCGGUCGCGUUUAGAACGGGAGUGACCCUCCCCCGCGGACGACCCGGGGUCUUCCCUGCGCGUGGGGAGAGCGAGAGCGGGGCUGGCGGCGGAGAGCGAAGAUGCCACAGUAUCUUUUAUCACAAAUCACUGGACUUUUGUUUUUCACCUCAUCUGAUAGACAGCACCAUGGUGCCUCUUAACCCCCAUGCAGAAGCACAGUUCAGUACUAAGGCACAUCUUCCUCAACGGGUAGAAAACUUGAUGGGACUGCUGGUGAUUGGCUUGGCCCAGGCGGAGCCUCUUUUUGCUCAACAGCCCCACCCUGUUACCUAUAUUGACUGCUGAUCAUGGCUUUCAGAAAUAUGAACAGAAGAUGUCACAUUGGACUUCAGCAGCUUUCAUCUUUAGCAUCAAUAGGAAGAACAUUUUUAGGGCCAGUAAAAUCAUAUAAAUUUAUUGUAGAUGAAAGCACCAGUGAGAGUAUUUUGACUUGUUCUGCAGUUAGACUUCUUGAAAGUUUGGAUUUAACUAGUGCAGUGGGACAGCUUCUUAAUGAAACAAUUCAGGCACAGAACAAAGAAUAUAAAACUGGAAUGACAACCCUGUUGUUUCUUGUUGGUGCAUGGAGCAGUGCUGUACUUGAAUGCCUUCAGCAGAAUGUUCCUUUUUCACUAAUAGUAUCUGUGAUGUCUGAAGGAUUGAACUCUUGCAGUGAAAAAGUCCAAUGUCUUCAGCUAUCAGUACAUAAUUUAUAUAAAGGGCCUAAUUCUGUUCCUAUUCACUUCACUUCUAGCAGUCUGGGGCCCCAAAUUAUUGAAACUAAAACUCCUGGUAUUGGAGCUAACCAUUUUUUAAAUCCUCUUCUGCAUAUUCUUAAAGAGGUUCCUGUAUCUAAAGAAGAAAGUGUUCCUGAAGGCCUUCACUCUCAUCAAGCAAGCCCUUGCGAUCCUCAUAACAGAUGUUUGAAUUUACACGUAUGCCCUACAGACUAUAUAACACCCUCAUUGGUUGAACCAGUGGGCAAUAAAACUAUGCCUGCAGUUCCUGGAAGCAGUUUGAUUGCAUCCAGCUAUAUUAAAAGAACAAGAUUAACUCAUAGUAGAUACUUUAACACUCCAGGAAAAAAACAUUGUUCACUCCAAGUAGACAAUUUUGGAGGUCCUCCCACUGGGCCUGCAGCAUAUCCUUAUGAAUUUAAUGAUUUUGGACAGUUGGCAAUGGCUCUUAGCCAUGGGAAUCAGUCUAGCAUGAAAUUGGUACAGGAUAUUGUCAGAUGCCAACAAGAAGUAGCUGAUCACACAGGUUCUUCUCAAUUUAAUAUUGCAGAAGUUGUGACAUGCUGUUUACCAGGAUUGUCUGAACAUUAUUCUUGUGUGUGUCCAGGGUAUAUCACUUUAGUAUCACCAGAGAAAGCCACUGUUACCAAGCAACUUCAGGAUAGACCACUUCAGAUUCUUCUUGUAGAUGGUGAUCUAACAGAAAAGUAUCGUCACUUGGGAUUUAAUAGACCAUCAAAUGUCAGAACAAUAUCGGAAAAUGUAGGUUUACAAGAAAGUAGCUCAGAAAGUUUAUGGAUAAAUUGUGUGUUAGAUAUUUUAAUACAAGCAAAAGUAAAUUUAGUUUUGGUAAAAGGAAAUGUGUGUGAAAGUUUAAUGGAAAGAUGUAUCCUGAAUAACAUAUUGAUAAUCAAUCCAGUAACUCUCAAUGUGCUACAUGCUUUUGGGAAGGGCACAGGAGUGCAGCUGGUGACAUACCUUUCCCAGGUAAAUAGUUAUUGCGUGGGUAGCAGUGUCUGGGUGGAUUUCUGGAGAACUGGUGACUUGAGCACAAUGGAAUUGGAUAACAAAGUGCCAAUCAGUAUAAAGGCUGAAGGAAUUCAUCUGGUAACAGCUGUGCUUAGUAGCACAGUAAGUUCAAAGAUGCAAAUCACUGAAGAUCAGUUCUGGACUUGUGCUUAUCGCCUGCAUCAUGCUUUAACUGACCAGAAAGUUUUUCCUGGAGGUGGUGCUGUUGAACUGUUGUGCCUCAGUCAUCUUAAAAAGCUUGAAGAACAAUCUUUAAAGCAACCAGAUAAAAAACCUUCAGAGGAUUUUUACAUGUCGUCUUGUUGGCUGACAAAAUCAUUGACACAGUAUAAACCAGUUGUACUUAAAGCUCUGGCAAGUGGUUGGCAUCAGUACCUUUCAAGAGUCAUAUGUAACACUGCUCAUUAUGCAUCAGAGUUUGAAGCAAGCGCUUCCAUUGAGCAUCAUCUCAAAAAAGCAGCAGACUAUUGUUCUCCUUCAGCAUAUAUUCUGAAAGAGUUCAAUAAAAGAGAUAAGCUCAUGGUGGAUUUUGGUCUUUCAACUAAACCCGAGGAGGCUGUAAAGAUAUAUGACAAUGUUACACCCAAGGUGGAGGCAUGGCGCAGAGCUCUAGACUUGGUGCUAUUAGUGCUUCAAACAGAUGCUGAAAUUAUCACAGGUCCUAAGAGAAAUCAGUUAUUAAAUUCACAUGUAUCCAGUGAGUUCAUAUUUUUAUAGGACUUAGUAGGCUUUAUUUAGGACUCUAACUCAGUGGGUGGAAAAUUUGCAGGUACAGUGUUUGUACAGCUAUAAAGCAAACUUUUUAGGGUUAUGCCAAUGAUAUUUACCAAUAAAAUUCAGCACAUGGAUGUAGAGACAAACUAGAUAGUGCUGUAGCUUUUAAUUUCUAGAAAUGGAGUUUGCAUCUGGGUAUCCAUCCAAUCUACACUGUGACAAGGUCACACUGAUGCAUGAGAGAAGUAUGAAGCUGCUAGGUGGAGAUACUAAUGGAAAUGAGUUCACUGUCUCUAAGCAACAAUACUGUCUGUUUGUUCCCAUACUCUCUCUACUAACCCUCCUCCCCACUUCUUAUGCUAUGUUGCAUAGGAAGCAAAAAAUAUAGCUCCAGACUCUUCAGGUGGAGAGAAAAGGCUGAAAUUUGGUCUGGGUUUCGGGCAUGUUUGUGCUUUGCAAAACAAUGGCAGGGGCAGCUGAGAGUUUCAGCCACAGAUUUCCCUUUAGUCAGUUCUUGCCCUUAUUCACCUGCUACAGCAGAGUAAGACCCUCCUGUCUUAACUGCUGUUUUUGUGGGUGUUCUGUGAUGGGGGCUUUGCUUUGUCUACCCUCAUUUCUUAUUUCUAGUGGGGCUUUUCACAUAAGAAACUUCAAGUCCUGUCUACCCUGUUCCUGGAAGACCUUAGAUGACUCAGAUACUAGUGAGAUUGACAUCACAAGUAACAAAUGUUUUUUAGUUGCUCUUUUCUUUUUUUUCUUUUUUUGGUGACCAUCAUUUCCCCAAAUGCCUGAUGCUGUUGAGAAGGAUGAUUCAACACUUCACCUCUUUAGCUAAGGGUUGAGAGAGCUCCUUCUCUGUUUCUCUGGACUUCUAUGAAGAGCUCAGCCAAACACAGGGAUGAGAAGUCUUUAUGCAAAAAGUACAAUGAGGAAAACCCUACAUCUUGUACCUUCUGUGUGGAUGAAGAAAUGGGCACUCUUUCUUUGCAGGUCCCAUUCUGACUGCUUCAGAGACUAGCUAUUGUCUGUUGAGGGGAAAUCUACUCUUUGUUUGGAAGUCUGAGAAGGUGAGAAGUAUUAAGCAUAUUUCAC